AUGUCGACCCGCUCAUCCCCACUUUCUUCCCCUGCUCUCUCUCCUGCGCCCAACGACGCCCUCUCCGAAGUCCUUCCUAUGUCCUCCCAGCAGGCCGACCCCCGCGGCCUUCUCUCGCCCCUCUCCAGCUCAAGCUCCCUGAGCAACGAUGACGAGCUCGAGCACCCACCCUCGAGCCUCCCAAACGGAUCGGAGGGCGCCGGUUCUCAGGACAGUGACGGCGAAGGAGGCUCUGGGAGCGAGACCAGCGCGACCGUGCCCCUCGGGAGUCAGCACAGCGAUAGUGACCUGACCGAGGAGUCGGACGACGAGGAGCUACCGGGUCCUCCGGUAGGCAUCAGGCCGUCCGUCGUCCCAGAGAGCGUGGCCGAUAGCGGUAUGGAUGUGGAUGGCGAGGACGGAUUGACGCCCCAGCCAAAUCGAGCAAAGACAACGAUGUCGGCUUCUUCCACACCCCACCCGGCUCCAAUCCAUUCGCGCGGUCGAGCUGCCCCCAAAUCCCCCUCCCUUAGCCCGCCGCCACCAGGCGAAUCGGCCCGCGCUGCAGCAGCUUCCAGCGCCAAAGAGUCUUCGCCGGGCGGUAUUAAGCGCAAGCGAGAUAGCGAGCCACCCGCUCCGAGUCUGCCUCGGACGAACGGCUUCCCCACCCCGCCUGACUCGAAUACCGAUCCCAAGCCAAACGGGCACGUCAUAGGCGUCGGAGCCGAAAUGGACGGUGGACCCGAAUCACUGUCUCCGGUCAAGCCUACACGAGUCGCCGAGGCCGAGGACCUACCUCUGCCAGAGAAUGAGGACCCCGACGCCCAGAUGGCGUUCCUCGAAGCGAUCGAGUCAUUUGACUUUGAGGAUCUAGGCGGGGAUGGCGGAAAGAUGGACGAUGUAGUGGAGGUCGGUGCAGCUGAGCCAGAACAGCCAGUGGAAGGCGAAGGGGAUUCAGGGGACACCCUCGAUGUCGCAAUGCGCGAUGAGGAUGGCAAGGUGGAGGAGGACAUCGCUCGUCCCACUGAGGAGGCCGAGCCGGAGCGCCAAGCGGGAGGCAUGGAGGAGUUGAUGGAGGCUGCAGAGGCGUCUGCUCAGGCAGAACCGGUGGAAGAGCAGGCGAAGGGGGCUAGCAAAACGGAUGCUGGAGACCCUACCGAAUCGGCACCUGCCACAGCUGUCAUGCCGAACGGAGCCACCCCCUCACCACUCCCAACGGAGGAAACCAUGCCGCCUCCCCCACUCUCAAGGAAGAACUCGGCCGUCGUCUCUGCGCCCUCAUCCUCUGCCGGACCCUCCACUCUCCACCCCAUGGCGCACGCACACUCGUCCCACGCCCCACCGCCCAGCCAGGCGGCGAUGCGGGCGCUGCUCCAGCUCGAGCUGAAGUUUGCUGCGCUACGGGAUAGGCUAUACAUUGAGCGGAUGGAGGAGGCGGCCGAGGAGGAGGAAAUGAUCUUGAAUGGAACCCAUCCCGCGCUGCAAAAGCUCCACAAGACCCUCUCGCACCGCCGAGAACGGCUGCAUGAACUUGCUAGCCGGCGGCACGAACAAGCGCUGGAUGAGCUCAAGGUGGUCAGGAAGUCGGAGCAGAAUGCGGUCUGGUCAUGGUGGACAGACGAGCGUGAUCGGAUGCACUGGGAGGAGUUUGAGCAGACAUGGAGUAAGCGCAGGAGGCUCGCUAGGGAGAAGAAUGAGAUUGAGUCGGUGCGAUGGGCGAAACCGGUGCCUAAAGUUGGAGAUCCAAGAUUUGGCAAGAGCUUUGAUUGGUCGGCUGGACCUAGUCCGGCGAGAUUGACGGUGGACGAGGGCAAUCACGAUCUGGCAUUGAUGGAGCAUCGGCAAAUGCAGCUCUCCCGCCAUGCAUCUCCAGCCAUCUUCCCACCACUCCCAAAUUACCCCAUGUCACACCAACAACAGCCGCAAAAUCAACAACCAGCCAAUCAGUACGCUUCCGUCCCGUACGCCGCGGGCCCAACGUACGCCGAGGCCGCCGGCACCAGCUCCCAGACCGCAAAUAUCCCCCAGACAUACGACUCUCCCCGGGUACCUUCUUCGGGCGCCACACCACAAUCUCGCCAAAACACCUCGAACACGGCGCAUCAAUCCGCGCCUACGUCCCGGCAAGUCUCAGGAUCUGCCCAAACGGCGGCGUUCGGCGGUCCCGGCCUGAUGGACCACUAUGCGUAUCCCCGGAACGCGACCGCUCUCGGUCCCACCUCGAGCGGGUCCAGCAUCUCCCUCUCUCAGCCUGGGCAGUCCCUAUCGCAUUCCCAAACACAGCAACAACGGCGAGAGGGUCGAACUGUACCUACCGCCUCGACAAUGUUCGGCCCCAACUCCACUCCGAAUGCCAACUCGCCUAUCGCGCAGUCGUUCCCCUUCAACCAAGCCCAAAAUCAGGCACAUACCGCUUCGCACCCCGUCAACCCGAACGCCCCGAGUAACGCUCAAAGCCAGGGUCAGAACGCGAUCUCGAAAGAGGUCAAAGCGGAGUCUAUGGACUACAGCAGUCCCUGGGGAAACCGGAUGCACGUACCUAUGGGCUUCGGGCUUGGCUUUGGCCUAGGCGGUGGUGGGAUAGGUGGUGGAGCGGGCUUCGGGACGCUCGGGUCCUCAGCUGGCGGUAUGAGGGAUGGGACGAGCCUGCCCAGUGCGGCUGGACCUGGGCAAGGGCUGGGGCAGAGUGCAUAUGCUGCUUCUCUCGGCCGGAAGCAGGACGACAAGGUGGGGAUGUCGACGGUGAAUGGGGUGAAUGGGGUUAUGACCUCUGCGAGUACCCCUGGUGGUGCUUGGGGAGCCAAUGGAGGUUCCAAGAUACACCGCGGUGCGGAAGAUGUCGAGAUGGGGAACGGACUCGAUCGAGAGCGAGAGCGGGAACGAGAUCGGGAGAGGGAGGAUGCGAGACACAGAGAACGGGAGCAGAGGGAUCGCGAGCAGCGGGAGCGAGAAGAUAGGGAUAGGGAUAGAGAGAGGGAGAGGGAGAGAGAUAGGAUGGAGAGGGAUAGGAUGGUGAAAGAGGAUAGAGAUAGGGAGAGGGAAAGGGAUCGACCCAAGUAUCCUGGACUGGCGGAGUAUCUCGGAGGGUCGACGAACCCGCUCGCAACUGUUGGUCUUGCGCGUAUGGGCGUGAGGCCCGGUGGGAUACUGAGUCCACCUAGGAGUGGUGUCUCGAGAUCACCAUUCACUGCUCCUCCACCUGUCCCGGCGCCCAAUACCCAGACCGUUUCGCGGACCUAG